UCGGCGCCGCUCCCGCCGCCUGCCGCCGAGCACCCGGCUGCUACCGUCUCCCACCCCUCUGCAGGCGAGAAGCUAGCGCUGGAAGAUCUUGGUCCUCUCAUUGUCGCAGCAGACGGCAGCCUGCGGCGCAUCGCCAACUGGCAGGCGCUGAGCGAGGGGGAACGCCAAGUGGCGCUGCGCCGCCUUGCCAAGCGCAACAAGGAGCGGCUGGCCGGACUCCAGGGGCAGCAGCAGGAG